GCCGCCUCAAUUUCAAAGGUCGAUCAUCCGCAAGUAGUUCUGGUGGGAGGCUUCGCGUUGAGGUCGAACUGACGAGCUCGAGUGCAUCACGAUGGCGAACAUGAAGAUUUUGACGGUGGUGUUGCUGGGUUUCAUGAGUUCUGCUGCCAUAUUCAAUUCAGUGGAUGCGCAGCGGACAACUCUGCUAUUUGCAUUUGGAGAUUCAUAUGCCGACGUAGGAAACAAGCCCAAGAGUGGACCCAACGUCGGUAAAGGCUGGGUAUACCCCUACGGCAUUACAUGGCCACAGCCAAACCCUGCAGGUCGCUUUUCUGACGGCAAGACCUCUACGGAUUGGAUUGCGGACCUGGUCGGACUCCCUGUCUACCCUCCCCCUUAUCUGUAUUCUGCAGGGGCAGACACUUCCUCGGGAGUGAAUUUUGCAGUCGGAGGUUCCUGCGUCACUUAUGGAAAUGGAGAUGUUACUUUGGGCUCACAGGUUGACAAUUUUGAGCUGUUCCUUCGCACUGAUCCAUACUCCAAGGAUGCUCUUGCGAACUCUCUGACGUUUGUGUCCGUGGUUGGAAAUGACUACUUGAAUUUCAAGGGGACGACUUCCGUGGAAUUGUUUGUGUUCAUUGAGAGAGUAGUUGCGGGAAUUCAAGCUAACUUGCAACGUCUUUACGACCUCGGCCUUCGCAAUGUCAUGGUGGCCAACAUGUUCGAGUCCGAUUGCCUUCCAAUCUUCACCAAGAAGAACGGGUACACUGCAUGCACGGGCGAGACAGCUCCUUUCGUGCAGAUCCACAACGCCUUCCUUCUCGGUGCGGUUCGAAGUAUCAACGCUCUGAAUCCUGGCGCACGGUUCGUCGUCUUGGACCAAUUUUCUGCAUUCAACCAAUUGAUUGCAACUGCAGACGAGCACGGCUUUACCGAUGGAUUGAAACCAUGCUGCACGGGAACGACGAACUCGACGUACUGCGGUGAUGUCGAUGCGUCUGGAAACUGGCUGUACACUGUGUGCAAGAAGAGAGGGCGGGCCAUUUUCUGGGAUGAUUUGCACCCUACCAUGUGGGCAUGGCACUACCUUAUCGAGCUCUUCGCCAGCCAACCUAACUACGUCUUGUUGGCUGAUGCCCCCACUUUGAGGCAGUGGCUGCAGAUCAACGAUGCUUCCCAAGAGCCCAUCGCCGCUCCAAUGCCCCAACCUGAUUUGACUCGUGCCUCCGGACAAAUUCAAGCAGCGUUCGAUUGCUUGUUGGACAAGCGGAAUUAUUCCGAAUCCCUCGGUCUGCUCCAGUCGUUCAACCUGGAAGUCCUUUUGGCGCUAUAUCCAAGUCAGAUCGUCACCGUCUUCCUUCCAAGCAACGGGGCAUUCAAAGCCACCGACAAGGCGUUCAUCGACAGGGUAUUCGCAGAAAACAAGGUCAACGAGGUCGGUGCCUACCACGUCGCCGAAGGUUACUUCGACUUAAACUUGAUUUCCACAAUGCGGCCUUCAUACGUCACUUCAGUAACAGGAGAACAAAUCCCACUCACCUACAACGAUCAAGGAAUUUUCGUCGGAGUAAACUCGCAGGCCAAAGUUAUUGACCCCAACUUGUGCGUACUCCCUAACCAUAUGGUGAUUCACGGCAUCGACCAUGUCCUCAUGCCCUACAACGUCUAAACAAAAAAACACCCACGUAUGUUAACCACCUUCGAAUCUGGAUCGAAAGAGGAGCAUAGUUGUUACGAAGUGUCUGGGUUGGGGUAAAGUGUAACUGGGACAGGGAUUGCGGUGCGACGCUCUCUGAUUUGUGUCAAGGUUGUUCGUGACCACUGCUACUAGUCAAGAGGGCAGGUGAAAAGCAGAAUAAGUGUCAGCUUUCCAGAAUGUGUAUAGGCGAGUGUAAUAGUUACCGCGGUUACUUCUCCGACGCCCCUUGCGACAGUAUUUGUGGAUUGAUGACGGAGCUUUGCCGAGGGUAGAUUUGUUCACGCUAGACACAGAAGAAUAAGGGGAAUGCCUCCGGCAGUUGUAAUUUGUCAUUCUGUACCCUUUUUGUAAAUGAAACUGAGCUCCGAUGCUCAUUGUACGUCCCGUUUUCUGUGCCCCAA